CCACACGCAUACUACACCACUACGUACUGCUAGCUUUCCGUUAGUUUAUCACUAGAGUUUAUCUAAAGUGUUUGGACUAAAAUGAUAUGACUAUCAUUAUCACUAGACAAAAACCAAAAAACAGCUACCAUUAUUUCUAGCAAUGAAGCAUUGACUUAUUCUCCAUUCCAUGUAUCUUCAUUUUUUCUCUCCUAUAUAUCACUCAACCCUCUCCAAUCUUUAAAACAAAUCUCUUUCUCUCUCUCUCUCAAUCUCUCUGUACAUAAGCAAAACAGCACUAAAAAAUUUCUUUUUAGUAGAAAAACAACACUCAAUUGCAAAACCAAAAAUGGGAAACUGCUUGAAGCACCAAUCAUCAACAAAGUACUUGACCAAGGACGAUGAUGAUGAAUGGGAUUUUUCAGCAUUCGAGGGUAACUCUGCGGGAAAAAGCAACGGUGCUGCUGCCAAAACAACUACUGAGGUGAAGAUAAAAAUCUCAAAGAAGCAAUUAGAAGAGUUGUUGAGCAAAGUGGACAUAAGGGAGUUGAGAGUGGAACAAGUUUUGGCCCAAUUGAUGAACCAUAGUAAUGGCUACGAAUCACUUCAGAGAUCUUGGAGACCUGCACUUCAGAGCAUCCCUGAACUUGAUUGAACUUCAUUUUGAUUAGCUUAAGUAUAUGAAGUUGAUGAGGCUGAGUAUUGACCAAUAGGGUCAAUCAUGCUUUUUGCUCAUUGAAAAAAUAAUAUAUUGAUAAAAAAAAAGUAUUUGAAAAACAAUUGUCCAUAUGAGGUGGUUUAUGACAUUCGUCUCCUUCGGCUUAUUCUAGCACUCAUCAAUAGCGCGCCUAUCCCAAAUAGAGAGAAAAUGAAGUUGCCAACAUUUUGGAGGUCAUAGAGAAGAUAAAGCUAUUGUUCUGGUCAUGGUUUAUAUGCGGGGAAGGAAGAAAUAAGAAUCUCUAUUUUUCAAAUUGGUGGAAUAUCUUCAAUGCAUGAGGAUGAUGGAUUUUAAUAUGUCAAUCAAUGCAAAGUGGAUUUUAAUUUGUCAAUCAAUCCAAAGUUGAAAGAGGAGACGAGCCUUUUUGUUGAAAUUUUCAGUAUGGUUGAUGCUUUUAUCUUGUAUCAGAUGGGGUUUGAGUUUGCCCUCAUAAGCUUAGCUCAGUUGACAGAGACAAUACAUAAUAUAUGCAAGGUCUGAGGUUCAAACCCCAGAUACCAAAAAAAAAAAAGACGGGGUUGAGUUUGAGAGGAGUGGCUUGAACUGCAGUUGCAUCAAGUUUUAAUUGUGUUCUAAUUAGUUGGUGAUUUAAUCAUGCUCCAGUAUAUAUAUCUCUUUAGCAACUAUGCAUAUCUUGUGCUAUUAAUUUGUAGGACCGUGAGGAUAAUUUGACAUUUGGUUUAUUAGGAAAUUGUUCCUUUUACAAGUGUACUCAUACCAAGUCUAUACUUUGAAUGUUUGUCACUAGAUGUUUGUCCA